GGGCAGACAACUCUCAUGUAUGUUUCCAUAUCUGUUGACUAAUCAUGGAACUGAACGAGACGCUCAUAUUUCAAUCAGUUGUUUGUUUCCUGUGGCUUGUUUACCUAUGGGAAACAUAUCUUUCAUCUCGACAGAGGAAUGUCUACAAGACAGCCACAAAGGUGCCAAGUGCUUUGGAAAAUGUGCUAGAUGUCGAGACAUUUGAGAAAGCUCGGGUAUAUCAGCUGGACAAGAGCAACUUCAGCUUCUAUCAUGACGUGUACUCUCAGAUUGAGUCAACAUUGAUCCUGGUGUUUGGGGGGAUGCCCUUCGUGUGGUCAUUAGCAGGAGGGAUGAUGGCCAGACACGGAUAUGGAGCAGACUACGAGAUCCUACAGUCAGUGGUGUUCACCAUCAUUUGGAUGCUGUAUUCGACCUUCACCUCUCUACCAUGGAGCUUGUACAGUACAUUUGUUGUUGAAGAAAAGCAUGGCUUCAACAAACAGACUCUGGGUUUCUUCUUCAAGGAUCAGGCCAAGAAGUUUGUAGUGAUGCAGUUGAUCACUCUGCCCAUCACCGCCUCCCUCGUCUACAUCAUCAAAGCUGGCGGAGACUACUUCUUCAUCUAUGCCUGGCUCUUCACCCUCAUCGUCUCACUGAUGCUUAUCACCAUCUAUGCUGACUAUAUCGCGCCGCUAUUUGACAAGUUUACCCCCCUCCCUGACGGGCCACUGCGGGAUCAGAUCGAGAAAUUGGCCGACAGCAUCUCUUUCCCUCUCAAGAAGCUCUAUGUUGUUGAAGGUUCCAAGCGUUCCUCUCACAGCAAUGCCUACUUCUAUGGAUUCUUCAAGAACAAGCGAAUUGUGUUGUUCGACACCCUCCUGGAGGGUUACAAGUCGGAGGAAGAGAGGAAGAAGGAGGAAGAGAAAAAAGAGGAAGAGAGGAAGAAGGCGGAAGAGGCAGCUGCAGGGGAUGCUGAGACCAAGGAGGAAUCGGAUGAGGAGAAUGAGAAGAAAGAGGAGGAGACAGAGAAGAAGGAGAAGAGGAAGCAGGGCUGUAAUGAUGAGGAAGUGUUAGCUGUCCUUUCUCAUGAACUGGGCCACUGGAAACUCAGCCAUAACCUAAAAAAUCUCAUCAUUUCACAGGUGAACAUGUUCCUGUGUUUCAUGGUGUUUGCCAUGCUCAUCAACCGAAAGGACCUGUUCCUUGCGUUCGGCUUCAACACACAACCCAAGCUCAUCGGACUGUUCAUCAUCUUCCAGUUCAUCUUCUCUCCUUAUAAUGAGGUUUUAUCGUUCUGCAUGACAAUGCUGAGCAGAACCUUCGAGUUCCAAGCAGAUGCGUUCGCUAAAACCCUACACCGAGCCACAGCCCUGAAAUCAGCACUCAUCAAGCUCAAUAAAGACAAUCUAGGUUUCCCUGUUUCUGAUUGGCUGUUCUCCACAUGGCACUACUCUCAUCCUCCAUUGCUGGAGAGGUUGAAGGCCUUGGAGGCCAAAAGCAAAUCUGACUGAUCAGAGACCAAACUAUCGUUCCUGUUGAAGUGUGAAAGCUAUGUUCAUCCUCUCUGAAGAUAGUGCGUUCCGAUAGCCAAGAAAUUUUAGUAUUUGAAACAUAAGAUAAUGAGAAAUUUAUGGAAUAUUCCUCUUCAUCAAGCAGGUCAUUUGAAACUUGCUUUUGAAAAAAACAUUUCAAGUGAUCAAUUUAGUGAGCUUUUGAUCUGCUAUAAAAAUUUGUUUAUAAUACUAAUUCUGUUAAUAUCGAUAUCUUGAUUUUAGAGUAAGAGUUAUCAUUCCUUGUCAAAACUCUGUUGCCAUGGUUACCACGAAGUUUGAAUUUUUCUUCCUAAUGAGAAACAAUAGGCAGUUCAUAAAGAAAUCCUAAUAAAAGUGGUCAUUUUAGAAACAAUAUUUUGACCAUUUAUUUUCAUUACCUAAAGGUUCCCAUUAUUAUCCAAACUGCAUAUUUUGUCCAUUUCAAUGACCUGUUCAGAAAUUAUGUUCCCAACAAUUGAAACAAUAUAUCAUGUAUAUAAAUACCCUUAUAUUCAAAUCCGUGUGAAUGGAACGUUUUGGGAGCCAAGUAUCUUUUGUCUCUGGCAACUGUUUCAUUUGAUGUGUAAACAAAACAAGAAAACCAAUGGAAUACAUGAGAGGUAUAAGUGUCAUUUUUUUUGCUUUAUUGUGUUGUCAAAAAUAUGUUACUGUGAUCUUGUUUUAUCUUCUGUAGAUUUGUGGACAUGUUUAAUUCUUGGGUAGGUUUUUCUUUCAUCUCUUUCAGGCAGUUUUUUGUGGGAGUUAAAAGGGAAAGAAAUCAUGUAUGAAAGUUAUUAUUUAUUUAUUUGUGAAGACUAUUCUGAGUUUAAUACAUGAAUUAAACAAUGUCUUAAACCUGAGAAUUUGUUACUGAGGCACUGGCAUCUUAUUUGUUACAGUAAAAAAUAUCAUUAUUUUGUUUUGUUCAUAAAAAUCGUGACCUUUUCAAUCUUUUUUUUCAAUGCAUGUAGUUGCACUUGUUUAAGCCCAUCUUGGAUAAGAAUCAUUAACCAGCAACCUAGGGGCACGAGUGGCCCAGACGUCUAAGGCGCCGCGAAUCGCUGUGUAGAAUUGCGUCCCUUGGGCACGCCAGAAACCUAUGAUUGUGGGUUCGAUCCCGGUUCUCCCCGAUUGUUUCUAGGUUUGUCAUCACCAUACCAGUGCUCAUGAGUUUCACUGAAGUGGUAAACGUCUGAGACCUGCAUCACUUCGGGCUUUCCUCCCACAUUAAGCUGACACGCCGUGAUAUAUCUGGAAUACUGUUAAAAGCGGCGUUAAACCCAACUCACUCACUCACUCACUACUAGCAACCUAUACCUGUCGUAAGAGGCGACAUAAUGGAUUGAGUGGUCAGACUCGGUGGUACGAUUGAUUGUCGUUGUAUCCCGACAGCGUUGAUCGUUGUACAUAUCAAUCCCUGGAUGUCCUGCUACAGGCUUCAUUAUUACAGACUGCCAUCACAUAGCUGGAAUAUUGCUCAGUGUGGCUUUGAACAAUAAACACAACCUCUCCUCUACAUGAGGUUGAAGGCUUGUCUGACAGUCUGGACCACGUCAGUGGAUACUUGUCAACAAACCUGAACGGGAUUAGGCAGUUCAGAGGUAACAUUACCAGUAAGACUAAAGAAAUGCCUGUUAGUAUCACAUUGCUUAAAGGGCCCAGGACUUAUCACAGGAUAAUCAUUCAACCUCAGGACAUGGAUAGAAGAUUCAACAGGCUGUAUCCAAAAUUGUUUCCAUAGCUGUCAAACUUUCACCUGAGAUGUAUUGUUCACUUUUGAUUUAUCAUCAUUAAAAUUAGAUCUUAGUUAUCGCUACCCCUAAACACAGAUCUGAGGACAUCCCAUUACUGGUCACGUCAGACCGACCUUUCGCAAACUUUGACCGACCAAUGGAUUGACUGACAGGAAGUCGACAUUAGCCAAUGAGAAUGCAGCUAUCUCAUGCCUAACGUCACUAGUUUCAAACUGGCGACUACACUUCGAAAUAUAUUUUGAUAAAUUCUCGAUUAAAAAUUUGAAAACUGAACAAAAGAACAUUUUUGAAUGGCUAAUAGAUGGUCUAUGGAUUCAGUCCUAAAGACUGUAACUGUCUUUUGUAAUACCCCUUUGAGGUUGCAUCAUACCUGAUCUGGUAAGCUACUCUGGUUGGUCGGAUGAAAAGUCGCUGAGACGUGACCUGUAAUGGGAUGUCCUCAGAUCUUUGUUUGGCAGUAGCGAUACCUAAGAUCUGAUUUUAAUGAGAUUGGUUUAACAUGAUCUAUGUGCAAUGUCAGGCCACACUUGUUAUUUUAUGGUAAGCAUAUUUUGCCAACCAAUUAGCUAGGUGGGUCAAAUAAGUUAAAUGCUUUUCUAAUCCAUCAAGGAUGAAGCAAUUUGUCAAAUAACAAAUUCAAACCUUUUUGUUUUUGACUGAAAGAAAAAUAAUCAGUUAAAUCAAUAAACUCAAAACUCAAAAAGAGUCACCUGAACUUAUUAUCAUGCAGGUAUCCUUCUAAACUGGAAAAUUAUCUUCAGUUUCUUCUUUGUGUGAUUACUGAUGACAGGUGCCUGUUUAAACAUUACUCUGAGACCACUUAAUAAAAUCUGAUUGGACCUUGGGAGUUCCUUUCAUCCAAUCAGAAACAGCCUUGCAGAUGCCAUGGACAGUUUGAUCUCAAAGACAUGUGAGCAUCAUUUGAAAUUGUAUGAAUGAAUCGCAUCUUAAAGAUGGACAGAAAAUGUGACACUUUUAUUAUGGAAUUGUUUUUGUGACUUAUGGAACAGAAAAGACCUACUCCCUAACUGUCCAUAUGGUAUUUAUCCUAAAAUGUUGCUAGAGAGUCAUUUAGUAUUUUACCACCUGUAUUUUUAUGCUUCAUCUACAAUGUGAUAACAAAUCAGUGUACAAGGUCAGCACUAUUACAGUAACCAGGAACCAUGCUGGAUGUCAUUCCACUAAGUGAUUUUAGCGCUAAGAUGACUAUAACUAGCACUGACUUUGGAAGUUGUAACUCAAGGAUCACUUUGUGGAAGGCUGUGGUUAAAAAAAGCAAUCAUAAAUCUGUGUUGAUCAGUCACAAUCAUAAGAUCUAUUUUGUCCUUGAACCAAAAGACAACAUCCUUUGUUAAUUAAGUAAUCUAUGAAAGCAUAGAAACUGAUAAAAAUUGGUCACCUCAAGGAUUGUUGAUGCAAUGAUUUGGAGUCAUGGUGUUAAGUGUCAGGGACGUGUUCCUCAAAACGAUCUUAGUGCUAAGAUCUCUUUGUAUAAUGGGCCCAAAUGUAUUAGGAUUUUCUCUUUACUGUCAGGUCACACAUCAAGUGUUUGCAGUUUUCCCACCCGUCAGAUUUACGAAUCUUAAGGCCUCGGUUUUUAUAUUUUCCAAAAGCAAAUCUUCUGAAAAGCCUUACCUGAAGACAUUUUUAUUUCAGUUCAUUCCACAUCUUUGAAAGAUGGCAGAUCUUUCAUUAAAGUGAUAAAAAGCGUCAUUUCUAUGGUAUUGGGGGCAAACUGUGGGAUACUGCUAAACUUUGAUCAUAUUUUUAUGGUUGACACCAUCCUGUACAACCAGGUGACCUAAUUGUGUGAUCAUGUAGAUCCUAAGACAAGAAGAAGAACGUGUAUGUUCUGUUUAUUUACAUCUAUACAUGUGUCCUGUUUGUUGUGUGUGUACAGGGUCGUCUGUAACUCUCACUCUGUACAGAAGUCUUUGUUAUCUAUCAAAAUAAACAUGCCGAUUUCACAACUAUCA